AUGGCUGAUUCAGAUAGCCCAGGCUGGAAAUGGUUCCCAAAUGUCAAAAACAGCUGGUCUCUCGAUGUCGUUACACUCCUCGCAGUCAUUGGCGAGUCAGCCAUGGCUGAGCAGACGCAGACCAUCACAGCGUCUUUACUAUGUCUCCUUCCACGCCUAAUCCCAGCUCCUCAAGCUCUUCUCAAGCCCUCACGCCCAAGUCGAAUGCCCGAAACUCUCGCGAAAAUGACGGGUGUCUACAGUGGAACUACUCUCGACUCCGUGGGCUUCUUUGCGACGAUCAUCACGCCUCUGGAUGCCCUUCAACCUUACAGCUUUAGUGUGUUCGAGAUUCGACACACCGACCCAUCCCAGUUGUAUGAAACCGACGUCAACCCUCCUUCAGCCCAGGAAAGCUGGUCCACGCGAAGUCUCAACUGGGUCAAGUCUCGACGCUCAAGUUCCUAUAGUAGAGAACAUCAACACAAUGGAAAAGAGGCAAGAGGUAACCGUAUUCCUCGUGCCCCGAGGACAGACGGCGGUCUCCCUCUACCUGCACAAGCAAGUUCAACUGCUGCAACACGUACAACCACCUUCGAGAUACUAGAUAAAUCACAAGUCGAUGAGGAUGCACCCAAACCCAUCGUGCGCAGGCCCACGGCAAAGCAAAAAGUGCAGGACAUGCUCGCAAACCCUACUUUUGCCAAUACCAAAAGACGUCCUGCGGUCCCGGCCAAGCUGUUUUCGCCAAUCCACAUACUUUCUGUUUUUUCAUGUCUAUUGAGCAUGGCCAUCAUAGCAUGCGCCGUGGUGUGGAAAGAUGGCAAUGCCAUAUUGUCUGUCUUCCUUAUAUCGUUUACCUCGACUAUUGUAGGCUAUGCCUCGUCCUGGCAUCCCAUCCUCAUGAACCGAAAACACACGAAUCAAGUCCCUCGAGGCGAUGUCAUGAUCCGGACCCGGGAAGGCGCCUUUCUUCUUAUCAAAUGCACAGAAGAGGUUGCUCGAGAACUGUACUCAGGCACGGAAGAGUGCCACUAUCAUGUUGGCGGUCGUACAUAUAGAUUACUCAUGGCUCUUGGGACUACGUUGCUUAUGCUGAGCGUUGUUCUGUUCGGGAACUGCACAUGGAACUCGCAGAUAUUUAUUGGCGGCAGUUACAUUGUUCUCAAUGGACUGUACUGGGGUCUGGGUAUGCUCCCUCGAUCCUACUUUUGGGACCUUUCGCGGUAUGAGUGGAAAGUAGUCACCCCUGACGACGCCAAGAAUGCCCACCAAGUAACCAACGAGAACGAUCAACGGGAGGGCCAUCCCAGUUUUACGCGGACGCUGUGGUAUGCUAUUCGCGAAACCCAACGGACUGGCUGGGUUGCUGGCAGUGGAGCUGCACCCAGUACUGACCAGUGGAAGAACUGGCUCAAGGAGGCGUUGGUGAAUGCUAAGAAUGGGAACCGGGAAUGGGAGUCUGUGGCUAGGAAGGAUGCCAUCGUUAAGGAGAACCUUGACGCUGACGAGGUAUUUGAUGAAGCAGCUCAACAUGCGCCGGCUGUUGAAGUUCAGACAAUGGCUACUGUGAGGCAAGGCCAUGACUGGGAGAAAGAUGGCUCAACAUUCUGA